AUCUAUUGUUCUUCAGAUUUUAACGUCUGAUGAGGAAGAACAUGAAGGCGCUGUGAAGCCUUACCCACAAUGACAUUUGGGAAACAAUAAAACUGAAGUUAUUGACAUAACACAGACAUUUUAAUCGCUGUCUAUCCCAACUCUCCUGAAGGCAACACUUGUGAAUGAAAAUGAUUACGAGCUGCCUCAUAUCCUAAGCAGAGAGAACCUGAGUCACCAUGAUAGACCUGAGCCAUCUGACAGAGGAGGAACAGUCGAUGAUCAUGACUGUGCUGAAGAGAGAUGAAGCGCUGAAGAAAGCAGAGGAGGAGAGGAUCAAAUGAAAUCCUGCAAGUAUUGAGGUCCGGCUGCCCUGCCACCUGCCUCCUCGACCCCAUCUCUGGAGAACUUCCCUCAUCACCUCACCCUUGACCACUGGCUGCAUCCACUCUGACGUCAAAAUGUCCCAAGUCUUUCCCCCUCCUCAAGAAACCAACACUCGACGACUCUGAUGUCAAAAACUACAACUGGUAUCACUUCUUUCUUUUCUUUCCUAAACACUUGACCGUGCUGUCUCUGACCAACUCUCUCGCUAUCUCUCUCAGAACGAUCUUCUUUACUCUAACCAGUCAGGCUUCAAGACGGGUCACUUAACCAGACUAGUACUCUCUGUGUCACGUAGGCUGUCCGCUCUGCGAAAUCUGACUCUCUCUCCUCUGUUCUCAUCCCCCUAGAUCUAUCCGCUGCCUUCGACAACAUAAACAAUCAGAUCCUCCUCUCAAGGAUGGGCAUCUCAGGCUCUGCACACUUUUGUAUUUCAUCCUACCUGGCAGCCACUCCUACCAGGUGGCUACAUUCAUCUCUGCGAGCCUGGCAGAUAUCUCAGCUUGGAUGUCAGCCCACCACCUCGAGCUCUUCCUCCCCCCGCUCAAAGACCUCUCUAUCACAGUUGACAGCUCCACAGUGUCCCCCUCCCAGAGUGCAAAGAACCUUGGUGUGACCCUGGACAACACCUUGUUGUUUUCUGCAAACAUCAAAGCAGUGCCUCACUCCUGCAGGUUUUUUAUUUUAUUUAACUAGGCAAGUUAGUUAAGAACAAAUUCUUAUUUACAAUGACGACCUAGGAGCAGUGGGUUAACUGCCUUGUUCAGGGGCAGAACGACAAAUUUGUACCUUGUCAGCUCGGGGAUUCGAGCUAGCAACCUUUCGGUUACUGGCCCAACGCUCUAACCAUUAGGCUACCUGCCACCCCAAAGAAGAGAUACUGGUUGUAGUUUUUGACAUCAGAGGAGUCGAGUUGGUAGAAGGUUCAUGCUCUACAACAUCCGUAGAGUAUGACCUUACCUCCCACAGGAAGUGGCGCAGGUCCUAAUCCUGGCACUUGUAUAAUUUCCCGUCUGGACUACUGUAACUCGAGGUUGACUGGGCUCCCCGCUUGUGCCAUCAAACCCCUGCAAUUUAUCCAGAAUGCUCCACCCCUACAGGAUGGCAGCUCUCACUCAUCCCAGUCAAACUCUUCUCUGUCCUGGCACCCCAAUGGUGGGACCAGCUUCCUCCUGAAGCUAGGACAGCAGAGUCCCUGCCCAUGUUCCGAAAACAUCUGAAACCCUACCUCUUCAAAGAGUAUCUUAAAUAAUCCCCCAGAAUAAACAUCUUGCUUACUCACCAACAACUAAUUCAAACAGAAAUCAUUGUUGAGCUUUUCCUCAUUUAAUAUUGAUUGAAUCAAAUAAGUGUUUUCUCCUCAAAAAGAAUGUGAACUAUUUAGCACAAGCGCUGCAUUGUGUUCCAUUGGGUUAGAUUGUUAACUCAUGUGGUGGUAAAUGUACCUUUCCCGUCAACGUUUAGCCUAUAGUGUGUCUCUCAACCAGAAUAAAUCAACGGCAUUACCUAAAGGUAAUUAUUCAGAAUCACAUCCUUGACUGAACUGUGUUCCAACUCUUGUGCUUAUGUAAUGUGUUUAAUGGGUAACUGGACCGUACCCUGUAUACUGUGAUGUACCUGGGUGUGUUUUUCCCAUCAGGCAGCUGCAGAAAACCAGUGCCCCAGUGGACAGCAGGCUCAAGUACCUCACAGGGGAGUGGUUUUACGAGGCCAAGUCUCUGAGACACCAGGAAAAGAUCCAUGGCUCCGAAGUAAUCCUGGCCUCCAUGAAGCAGAGGAAAGCAGGUUCUUUAGAUGGGUUUCUUUCCAGACCCAGAGCAGUCAGCGGUAAAGUCUCAGACAUCACCCCCCCUCCAAAACCUGCCAGGCUCCUGGAGGCACCAACACAGCCCCAGAAGAACAGCAAAAGCCUCAAUGUUUCAGAUGCAGAGAAAGAGAGGCUGAAUUCAGUUGUGCAGUCCCCGGGAAGGCCAAGGCACAAUCCUUUCAAUCGAGCAUCCCUUAUUCUAGAGGUAGAGAAGACAGAAAAACAGUCCAAUGGAAAUCAAGAGACUGAGAAAGCAUCUGAAGCAGGCUCUGCCACCUCCGAGGGGUCCUCUCUAGGAUUCAGGCCCGUGCCCAAGAAAAUAACCAUCCUCUCCCGGCACUCGCAGAGCUCUCUCACGGGCAGUGAUGUCUCCAUUCCUGGGCUGCAGGGUCAUCCAGCUGGGUCAAAGGUCAUCGCCCCUGCCUCUCAGGGAAGUCUUCAACAUGGCUCCAGCUGUGGCACAAACCAGUCUAGCCAGGGGGCUUUGGACGUUCAGUCACAGAAAAUGUAUCCAACUCCCAUCUCUGAGUUACAGAACAAUGCAACUCCAGGAUCUCCCUCCAGUCAACAACUGAACACUUUGAGUCACCACUCCCACAAGCCACUGAAGCCUUUAACCCUAGUCUCCGCCAAUACUGAUUUUGAGAGAGCGAAAGAGGCCCAUGAAAGAGAGAGGAGAGCAGAGCCCUCAGAUAACUCACUUGUCAGACACCUAGUGAGAACCCCCUCUCAUCUUAGGGAAACUGAGAGUUCCAAAGUUCCAUUGAGGCCCUUGAGUGAGCCAAAGCCUCUCAGACUGUUGAACCUUAGACCAGCCACACAUUCUGAUAAUGACAGACACACAGAUACAUCCUACACAGGUCAUCAGAAGAGUGAAGGUAGCGAUGGUCUCAUCCAGAGAGAGCUUGUCAGUGAGGGUCCUCCUCAGGGCAGAGAGAGGUCUGAUGGUCCAUUUUCAAAACCUCUGUCCAUACCACUCUCUCCGAGCUCAGAACUAACAGCCCCUACUCACCACCAGCCUUCACAGCAUGCAGCCUUUCAACUCAUUGAGAUGCAGGACAAGGAGGUGAUAAGAACCCGCAAUGUGGACACUGCAAUCAGACAGGAGGACCCUAGUCUGCCUCCAACCACUGUGGAUCAAUGGAAACAUCAUGAUCUCCAUAACUCUGGGGAUAAGCCUGAUAAGCAUGUUCAUAAAAAAACAGUAAACCACAAACCUGCCUCUAAAUCAGCCCCUCGUAGUCCCCAGCCCACAGCGGAGCAGGGCGACUCCAUUUCUAAAGUCUUAGAGUGGUUCAGUCGCAGCACAGACAGCAACGACUGGCUGAAGACUGAGAGCGAUCAACCAGACAUGGAGGAAGACGUGAUUAACUCUGUGAAAACAGAUACAGAUGACCGGCCUACCUUUGAGAGCAGGUCUCAGCAGACGGAGAGGAAAGCUCCUGAGGUGAAGAGAAAGCUCCUACAUGUUGACCCCAGCCUGGAUAUGCAAAGUAUUGGAGGAGGAGUGUCAGUGUGUUUAACACCAGAGGUAAAGGAUGGAUCUCAGUCGGAAUCCUCUAUGGAUCAACCUACGGACCAGUCACCUUUGAAUACAUUAAGAUCAUACCAGCUCAAGUCUGAGGGGCUGAGAGCAGCAUAUUGGAAGGAGUUCAAGCAAGUGAUGUUAGAUAAAGAAGAGGAUGUGAUAGAUAGGCAAGAGGAUGUGAAGACGGUCAGUGGCCCUCCAGCCAAGGCUGUUGGACCACAGGUCGCAACACAACAAGUCAAACAGAAAGAGGUCCAAGAUGAGAACCAACCACCCAAAAUCACCCACCUGAAGUCCUUCUGGGAGAAGGGAAACACUGGGCCCAAGAUACUCAUCAGUAGAUCAAUCAUUGACAAAAGACAGAAACCAAUGGAGAAAGAGAAAGAGAGAGCACUAGCAGAGAAGUCUCAUAGAACUGUUUCUGUCCCAGAGUCAAACGGUGUGGAGGUGUCUUUGAGGAAGAAUCUCAGGGAUGAAAAAGGAGAUGAAUGGUUAAACCUAGAUACUCAACAAAGCACUGCUAGUCGAGAUAUGAGAAGUGUUCAGCCGAGUGUUAGCCCUUACAAACAGGAGGUAUACAGACCCCAAAACAGUGUUGUUAUUGCUCCCUCUAUAGAGAUACGUACACUGCCAACCUGGGAUGAUAGCUACACUCAUGGGGCUCAAAGUGAGGAGGACAAUUUGACUUUAACAGAAGAAGAUCUCAGAAGAUCCCCAAUGACAGUAGACAGAAGAAGCUCACAGGCAGAAAUACUCUACCUAAGUAGACUCCAUCCUCAGCCUGACACGCUGUCCCAGUCCAGACUCAGCCCAGAACAUCAGAGAUUCUCCCCAUCAACACUCAGUCCUCAGCCUGAAUUGCUCAUCCAGCCCACAGUCAAUCCCCAGCCUGUGAAGCUCUCACCUGCCAUACCAAAACCCCAACCUGAAAUGCCAUCCAGGGCCAGGUCCAAGCCCAGUCCCAGCCCACUGCCUGAACUACUCUCCCAGCCUACAAACAGCCUAGACUCUGAGAAGUUUAGACACAAGUUUGGAAAAGAAAGUGAACAGUUUUCCCCCAAAACUCAGCAAAGCAAUGUCAAUGUACAGUCAAGUGUGUCCACUAAAAAACAAGACUACACCAUUAAAGAUCAAGGAAAUAGCCCACACACCCUGAAACAGGUUCCCCCUCAACAGGACAGCAAAGCAGACCAUAUAAAGCAGCUCAAGUCCUUCUGGGAGCAGGAGAAGAACAGGCCUAUAUUUUACACGGGUAAAUCAAAAGAAGCAGGGGACGCCAGUGUGACUCAAAUUCCAUCAUCGGCCAUAGAAAAGCUGAAUAAAAGGUACACCAAGUCUGAGUUUGACCUGAGGUCAAUCUGCAACGAAUCUGACGGCGACCAUGAAGGGGAUUCCAACCUUUCCUCUGACAGAAAAAUACAGAAUUUCACAGUCUUCACGAUGGAUCAGAGACUGGAGAAGUCGUCCCCAAGCCUCGGUGCAAAACGCUCACAGUUUAAGAAUCUCUGCAACUUCUGGGGUGAGGCCACUUCGAAUAACAGAGUGCCGAUCUCUUCUGACGAACUCAAAAGCUCCAAAAAUAAGGAGCCAAUGGAUGCCCAGAACUCAAUAUUGGAGUUAAAGCAAUGUGUUGACACUGAUUUCUACAGCAAAUCUGCCCCCAGCCAGCCACAAAAGGUCAGUGCUACACUACCUUUGGAUGAGAGCCAGCUCAAGAAAACAUCUUCACCUUCUUCACCAUCUUCUCCAUCUCCCCUGCCAUCUUUAGUCAGGGGGAACAAAGACAGAGAGCACCAGUCAAGGUCUAAAUCGAUUGGACUGGGUUCAGGAGCUAUGAUUGACACUAAAGAGCACCAGUCAAAGUCUAGAUCAGUUGAGGUGGGAUCAGGAGCUAUGAUUGACACUAAACCCAACUUCCCACCUCAAAUCACCAUAGAGUCAGAGCAGCAAAGAGCCCCUGGUGUCCCCCAGGUAACAAGGGGCUCAGAACGGGACUUCACCAAAGAUAAAAAGGCCCCGAAGCCCCAAAGCACCUCAGGAAAGGAAUCUCGGUCUCAUAAAGCUAGAAAAGACAGUUUUGGAAACUCAAGUGGAAGUGGACGUGCAAGUUCACUUCAGCGCGCCACCAGUAUGUACACAUUAGACAUCAAUGAGGAACAGGCCCAAACUUCUAUGUUGUACCCUAAAAAGACACUGGAUAUUAGUCAUGUCCAGCCCAAGAGGACACAGGGUAGACGACAGAGUGGUGACAAGCACACUCCUCCUGGUCCAAGGAGGUCCUCAAAAUCAUUGGACGAGUCUGAAUCUCUGACCCCUCGCACUCAGGUCUUUGUUCCCAAAGACUACCCCUAUUACCUGGAGUUUUCAGAGACCAGCGUCCACACUGCUCUGGCCCCGGCAGCAGGCCCGCCUGGGGCUGAACUUGACCUGAGUGGUGGGCUUGUCAGAUCCAGCACCCUAGUGGACUCAGAGGAGCGCUACAGUAGGAGGAGCAGCAAGAUAACCCAGCGGCCCCUGGCCCUCUGGUCAAACCAGGGCAGCACUGACACUGGACGGGAGUCAUCAUUAAGUGCAUCUGAAAUAGCAUCGAGUAGCGCGUCUGAAACUUGGUCCAACUCCAGGACCAGUUCAAACCGUGAAAAUAAUGAUGAGGAUCAAGACCCGAUACAGAAGGCAUUGAAAAGAGCUCAGGCCCGCUCACAAAAUCUGGCCAAAAGUCUUGAGGAUAUCACAGCACCCAUGCCACCACAAUUCCCAACAGGACAAGAAAGAAGACUGGCUCCCCUUGAUGUCCUCAGGCGAAGCAGUGAUGCAUCCACCAUCCCCUCUCCCUCCUCAUCCCUCUACUCUGACCCUGAACAUUUGAAGAAGAUGAGCAAGUCUGUUCCCUCAUUCCUGCAGAACGAGAGUGAUUGCAGAGAAACUGACUCCGCCUCUGAAGACAGUUACCAUGGAGGCAGGCAGAAGACGGGCAGAUCUAUGACUAACCUCAGCAGCUCCUCUGGCAUGGCAUCUGUGUCCUCUCUGAGUGGCAGUGUGAUGACCAUGUACAGUGGGGACUAUGGAGGUGUGGAGGUGCAGGGGAACAUCCAGUUCUCCAUCAACUACGUUCAGAAGCUCAGGGAGUUCCACAUCUUCGUGGCUCAAUGCCGAGACCUGGCCGCUGUCAACCCUAAGAGGGGGCGCUCUGACCCGUAUGUUAAAAGUUACCUGGUACCUGACAAAGCCAAUAUAGGGAAGAGGAAAACGUCUGUGAAGAAGAAGACUCUCAACCCCAUUUUCAACGAGCUCCUCAGAUAUCGGCUUCGUAUGGAGCACCUCCGAACUCAGACCCUCAUUCUCUCUGUCUGGCACCACGACACCUUUGGCAGGAACAGUUUUCUGGGUGAGGUGGAUGUGGACCUGUCCAAAUGGGACUUUGACCACACCCAGAUGAACUACUUAGCUCUGAAAUCCAGGCCCACCUCCAGUCUGCAGCCUUCAGAUUACAGAGGGGAGAUGAAACUGGCCAUACGCUUCCUGCCUCAAGUCUCCCACAGCCCAGGAAAGGAUCCCCCCUCUAACAAAGGUGAGGUUCAUAUUUGGGUGAAAGACUGCAAGAACCUUCCCCUCAUCAGAGGGGCCACCAUCAACCCAUAUGUCAAGUGCUUUGUGCUGCCGGACACGAGCAGAAAGAGUCGACAGAAAACUCGGGUGCUGAGGAGGACGGUGGAGCCGGUGUUUAACCACACCAUGGUGUACGAUGGCUUCAGACAGGAGGACCUGAAGGAGGCCUGCGUGGAGCUGACUGUGUGGGACCGUGACAAGCUGGCCAGUAACCUCCUAGGGGGUCUAAGACUGGGGCCUGGCACAGGCAGAAGUUAUGGGGCGUUGGUGAAUUGGAUGGACACGAAUUCUGACGAGGUAGCUCUAUGGGAACGAAUGAUGACCUCUCCAAAUGAAUGGGUGGAGGAUGUACUGCCACUAAGAAUGCUAACAGCAAAGACUGUGCUGAAAUGAGAACGACUGAGAAAAAGUCUUCAACCUGCCACAGUUCAAAUAACGUUGUUGCGUUUUAUGUUAUAUACUGUACAUGUGAUGUGUAAUCUAGAAUAAUCAGCCAUUUUAUAUUGAAAUAUAUAGGAAUGAAGAAGCUUUUGUAAAAAUCUGCUGAACAAGUUGAUCAAAUGUUAUAUUAAUGAUAAUCAUACAACCCAAAUAUGAUUAUUAUCAGUCAAAAAACACUUAUUUUCUGUUUAAUUAAUCACAACAAUCACAACAAGUUUACUCACUCCAUUAUUUAUAUUUGAUAUGACAAUUUUCCAUGACAUGAAUGUUCAUCCUAACAUUAACCACAAUUAAAGAAUGUGCAAUGAUGA